AUGGCUGACCUUCCCAACACUGCGCAAGUGCUGCACGAGGCCAUCUUGACCAACUCUCUCGAUGUCGUGCAGUCCUAUCUUGGCGCUGCCGGUGUGGAUCCCAACCAGUCCCCGCCGCUGUGUCCUCUCGCUCAACUGAAGCGAGCCCUACGGCGUCCCGACGCCGUGGCUCACGAUGUUGUCGUCGUCGCCACUCAAGAUGUCUAUCGCGUUUCACCGUUGCACGUGGCUAUAUUCAAUUGUUACCACAAUCACGGAAGCCAAGAAGAUCCUACUCCCCGCGAGACUGCCUUGGCGAUCGUGCAAGCCUUGGUGGACGCCGGGGCCGAUACUACACUUGUUGCGUCCCACAUUGCCGUUGUACAGAAAAGAGAUUCUUCACUCAUACGUAUACAAGAUCGGGCGCCGAUAGGAUUGGCGCUGCUUUUGAAACAGAACGCCCGCGGUCCGGACGAAGUGAAUAUGGUAGAAAGUCUGGAUGCGGCUAUGCAGUGUAUCGUGCCGAGAGCGGAUGCUAGGGACGCUUCCGGACAAGACGAUGUUAUUGAAACCAUGACAGUACCCGAGUCCUUUGCCCAAAGUUUUGGGUCGCUUCUAUUUUCACAGGAAUUUAGUGACGUCAAGUUUGUCUGCAAGGAUGGCACGGUGCUCCACGCCCAUCAGAAUAUCCUGGCCGCCGCGAGCUCGUAUUUUCGAACCUAUUUUCAAGGACCGUGGGGAACUCUUCACACCGACGGUUGCUGGAAAACCGAAAUCACCCCCGAUGUAUUGCGUGCCGUACUCAUGUUUGUUUACACGGGGAAAGUAGACGAUGAUCUUUUGGAAGAAGAGGCAAAAAACAUCAUUUCGGUGGCUCACGAAUACGAGCUCUUUGAUCUGCAAUUGCUCGCCCAAUCAUCGUGCGUUGCCAAUCUGUGUCCCGAAAACUCGAAAGAAAUGCUCCAACUCGCAAAAUUGCACGAGUCUGAUACGCUUAAAGACGCCUGUUUUGACUACAUCAAAGAAAAUAUGGCCGCUGUCUUGAUGCAUCCGACCUUUGUUUCUUUGGCCGACGAGGACUCCGCGUUGUGGGCCGAGCUGAACGAAUUCUUGCAAGAGUCCCCCACACAAGCGGGCAGGAAACGAUCGCGAAGCUGA